CCUUAGCUGUUGUCUCAAGCUCAGCAGAAGAAUAAAGAAACCCAUUAAGCAACAGAAGAGAGAAAAGAAAGAAAGAAAGAAAGAAAGGAAUCCUCAGUUCAAGAAACAAAGAAAGAGGGAUUCUUUGUGGUUUCUGUCAAAGAAUGGCCAAUUUGUUAACUUCUUCUUUCAUGAUUUGCGCUGCCUUAUUCAUCUUGAUCUUGAUGAGCGCAUCAUCCACCGUUCAGGGAAGUGGGGACCACCAGCAACACCUGGGAUGGAUACCCAUCAGAUCAUCCUGCAAAGGGUCCAUAGCAGAGUGCAUGGCCGGUAAUGGGGAGGAGUUUGAGCUGGACUCAGAGAUCAGCAGGCGCAUUUUAGCAACCACUAAAUACAUCAGCUAUGGAGCACUGCAGAGGAACACUGUUCCCUGCUCUAGGAGAGGAGCCUCGUACUACAAUUGCCAGCCUGGGGCUCAGGCCAACCCCUACAACCGCGGCUGCAGCACCAUUACGAGGUGCAGGAGUUGAUUUUAUUUUUUUAUAUAUUUUUUUUACCCAUUUUAUUUCAAAGUUUGGAGAGUUGGUUUCUGAAAGGAAGGAGAUGCUGAUGGUGAUUGUUAUUUUGUGUUAUUGAUGAAAAUAUUGUUGCCAUAAUUAUAUCUGAAUUUCUCUGUAAAAGAUUAUUUUUAUUAUUUUCUUUUCAAUGGGUUUUUUUUUCUUUUAAUACUUUACAUCAAUUAGGUUAAUUUAGCAAAGAUCCGUUCUUUUUUUUUUUA